AUGAUUGGGAUUGAUUGUGUGCGUGUUUUAGCCGUAAUUCUUCUACUUUUAUGGAUGAUAGUCGUAUGCUUUUCUGUGCUUUACUUGAGCAUAUAUUGCAUUGUUUUGUUCAUUGAUUGGCCUUCAAGUAAAGUGAAAAGGAAGGGAGAGAAUUAAGAGGAAAAAUAUUGUUUUUAUGAUCUUUUAUUGUUUUGAUGUGUUGUUUAAGGAAGGUGGUUGGAAAGGAUGAUUGAUUAUGUUGAUCAUAUUUUGAUAAUGAGCUAAAUCGAUUUUCCACAUUCAUAAAUCAUAAUUGUUGGUUUUCAAAGUAGAGCUUCAAAGAAAGAUCAAUUGAAUUUUAUAUGAUGGAUUUCGCCUUUGGGAACUUGAAUCGUGACUGCUCUCCUUCCAGCGAGGAGAGUGCUAGGUGUCCGUUUUUGCAGAACAUUAACGCACCAACUAGUUUGUCCUUCUCAAGAGCCAUGGCUUUCCCUGUUCCGGCGAGGGACGGGAAAGGCCCUAUUUUUGAGGAGGGUCCGAAUUUUGAUGUGGCAUUCAGGGUUUUCCACGGGCAGAAUGGUGUCGUUCCUCUUUCUGAGAGGCCUUUUGUUCGCGCAGAGAAGCCUCAUUCAGAAUUAUCUUCAGCUCAAUUCAAUCCCUUGGCUGCAAAGGCAGCAGCCAUCAGCCUCUCCUCGUUUGGCCACGGAGGGCCUUUCGGAUUCGAUGCAUUUUCUGAGAUGUGGAAAAACUCAAAGAAGAAACAAUCAAAUUCCUCUAAAAAGGAUUCUUCUUCAAAGGGAGGUAAAUCGCAGCACGAAGCAACGAGCAACGAAUGGCUGAACAACGGGAACUGUCCCAUUGCAAAGUCAUACCGAGCUGUGAACCGCGUCGUCCCCCUCGUAGCAAAGGCACUUCAGCCCCCUCCCGGGGUACACCUCAGGUGUCCUCCGGCAAUUGUCGCCGCCAGAGCUGCCCUAGCAAAAACCGCAUUCGCCAAGAACCUCCGGCCUCAGCCACUGCCCGCAAAAGUACUCGUUAUAGGCUUGUUGGGCAUGGCAGCAAACGUGCCUCUAGGCGUAUGGAGAGAGCACACCGAUAAAUUCUCGCCUUCGUGGUUCGUCGCGGUUCACGCAGCCGUGCCGUUCAUAGGAAUGCUCCGGAAAACCGUGCUGAUGCCGAAGUCCGCCAUGGCUUUCACCAUCGGGGCUUCGAUUCUCGGGCAGGUGAUCGGUUCGAGGGCGGAGAGGCUCCGGCUGAAGACGAUUUCAGCCGAAACUUCGCCUGCCAGAGUUCAUGGUGGCCAUUGCAGUGAGGUUGAGGCUUUGAAACCGGCUUCUUUGCUGGUUUCUUCUUCAUCGGCUCAUGUUUUCGGCUAAAUUUUCAGUGGUUUUACCUUAUUCCAAAACUUUGCUGAGUUUUACACCAUUUAACGAAGAUUUAAUACAAAAUGUAAUGAGUGUGUAUUUAUUAAAUUGUUUAUCCAUACAUGUAUCAAUGAAUAAUGAUAUAUUUUUUGCCUUGCUA